AGAUAACACCAUUCUACUCGUCUGGUAUAAGGCUAUCUUUCUCAAGCAUUUCGUCUCUCAGAAAAUUCACUUUUGUGUAAGGCAGGAAUCAUGUUGAAGUUUGUGUUGUUGGUGUGCCUGGUGCUGGCAGUCACACAGGCAGUCAAAUACCACAAGAGUAAACUACAGUUUGCACAGAAACGAAGUUUGAUGGUAAAACGACAAGCACGAAUUUGCGGCGAGAACCAGUUCUUGUGCACUUCCGGUGAAUGUCUUCCUUCAAUGUGGACGUGCGACACUCAAGCCGACUGCGCUGACGGAUCCGACGAAGCAGAAUGUGAUUGCACUUGCAGGGGCGAACAAAAAUUUCAAUGCAAAAACGGCAACUGUGUUCCCCGGUCCUUCAUUUGCGAUGCAGACAACGAUUGUGGUGAUAACAGCGAUGAAGUUGAUUGCCACCUGGUCACCUGUAGACCUGGCCAGGUGCAGUGUGACAACCACAGGUGUAUCGAUGCGUCGUCUGUGUGUGAUGGUUCUGACGACUGUCGUAACGGAUGGGACGAAAGAAACUGCGGUGGCACGUGCAGACACGACGAGUUUCAGUGCGCGGAUGGCAUUAAGUGCAUCCCUGGUGGCUGGCAAUGUGAUGGGGAUGAUGACUGUGGUGACAGAAGUGACGAGUUAUGUGGAGGCACGUGCAGACCAGACUAUUUCCAGUGUGCGAAUGGGAAGUGCAUAUUCGCUAACUUUGAGUGUGAUGGAUAUGACCACUGUGGUGAUAAAAGUGAUGAGCAGCACUGUGUAUGUAAUCCUACAACCCAUUUUGCAUGCGCCAACGGAGGGUGUAUUCAAAUCGAAUUUCGAUGCGACCAUGGCGAUGACUGCGGCGAUUCUUCGGAUGAACUCGGUUGUCCAACCCUACACCCCAGUGUCUGCAGCGACCACAUGACUAAGCGAGGGUGUGCGCUGAUGAACGACACGAUGCACCCCAUCUGUCUUGACAGUGACCUCGGCUUCAAGUUCUGCCGCAAGUUCUGUGACCUGUGUUUGGAAAACGAGGAGAAAUAAUUCGAGGGCAUUUUUCUUAACCUCACUUGUUGUUAGUUCCUCUUUGUGCAUGAGAUGUUCGGGCUUCUGAAAAAGUCAUAAAUCGUCAGUAAUGAGACGUUUUCGCACUUACAUCCCUUUGUCUUGUACAUCGUUUGGUGAAUAAAACGAUUGAAAUAU